AUGGCCAUCUCAAGCACUCAAGAUGAUCAUGCAACGCGCAGAACAGAUCUCGAUGAUCUUGAAUUGGAAUCUGUAGGAUACAGGCGUGAGAUGCCCCGUCAGUUCUCAAUUUGGUCACUUGGCGCAUUGUCAUUCACUCUCACUUGUACAUGGUUGGGGACUGGCUCGUCUGUUGGCAUUGCUCUCCAGGAAGGGUCAUACGCCGGGACCUUAUGGUCGCUUCCAAUUGCUGGAAUAAUGACGACUAUUGUAUCUCUCGGAAUGGCCGAGUUGGCAUCUGCAUACCCUGUGGCUGGUGCUCAGUAUUACUGGGCUUUCAUGGUGGCAAGUGACGACUGGAAAGCAUUUGCAUCAUAUCUGAACGCGUGGAUGAGCAUAAUUGGCUGGUGGCUUGGAGCUGGAUCAGUGGCCAAUUUUGUCUCUGGGAUGGUUUUGGAUAUCGUACUUAUUUGGUACCCUAGCUACUCUUUUCAACACUGGCAUCAAUACUUGAUAUAUGUUGCAAUUAUUUGGUUGGCCAUUGCGAUAAACAUACUGGCAUCCAGGCUGUUGCCAUUAUUCAACAAACUGAUAUUCAUUCUCUCGGUCUUCACUUUGGCAGGGACCACUAUCACGCUCUUCAUUGUUAGUCGACAGAACCAUGCGCCCUUGUCUUCUAUUUUCGCAGACACAAGUACCCAUAGUGGAUGGAAAAGCGAUGGCUUCGGCUUCAUGCUUGCAGUCAGCAACGCAGUCUUUGCUUUCCUUGGGAGCGACUGCGGUGCUCAUCUAUGCGAAGAAAUCCACAAUCCCUCUCGAAAUGUACCCAUGGUGAUUGUAUUCCCCCUUAUCGUGGGCCUUGUUACUGCCUUUCCAUUUGCUUGCGCGUUGAUGUAUUCGGUACAUGAUCUUACUUCUGUCCUAAACUCGGUUACUGGAUUACCUUUGAUCGAGAUUUAUUUCCAAGGAACCAACUCAACAGUCGCAGCUUCGGUUUUGUUGAGUACCUUUGCGUUUUGCUUUUUUGGCUGCCUUGUUGCCAAUGUUACAACGUGUUCUCGUACACUCUGGGCUGUAUCUCGAGAUGGAGCGAUUCCAUAUGGCAAGAUCUGGAUGCGAGUCCACCGUAAAUUUCAGAUGCCAUCAAAUGCUGCACUUCUUUCCGGUACAUGCGUUACUAUUUACGGAGUUAUCUUUAUUGGAUCCACGACUGCAUUCUCAUCCAUGGUCAAUGCAGCAAUUGUGUUCCAGCAAACCUCGUGCAUUAUACCCCAAGCUAUUAUACUCUUACGUGGGCGUAACAAAGUACUACCAGACCGUUAUUUUAACCUAGGAAUAUUUGGGGCCCCUAUAAAUGCAAUCGCAGUUGUAUGGGUCCUCUUUCUGGAUGUUCUAUAUUGCUUCCCAACGUCGAUGCCGGUGACACCACAGAAUAUGAGCUAUGUUUCGGUCGUUACAGUGGGACUCAUCAGUUUUGUGAUUGUUUUAUGGUUUCUCAACAAACGCAAUACCUUUAACGGGCCGAAUGUGGAUUAUAAUCUGUUGAAUAUGCGACGCAUGGCAAAUCUCCGCGGUGAAGAGUCGACUAUAGAGGGUACGAAUCUUGAGACAGGAAGUGUGAACUCGCAGAAAUGGAAAGAUGGAAUCCAAUAG